AUGGCCAGUCCUCCUUCAUCCCUAGUCAUUUGCCUAACUGCCACAUCCACAGCUAUGUUCCCAAGCUGGCUGGCUCUCACCCUCCUGUCUGUGCUGAGCUUGGAUACCCAGGCCUUCAACAGCCAGCUCGUCAAGUGCUUUGAGGACCCGCAGUAUGAGGAGCUGCUGCAGCUGGCUCGAAAUGGACUGGGGCAGACAGCAGAGAGGAAGCAGGUGGUGGUGAUUGGGGCAGGCAUGGCUGGGCUCACCGCUGCCAAGAUCUUGCAGGAUGCUGGCCACCAGGUGACUGUCCUGGAGGCCUCAGGGCGUGUAGGUGGCAGAAUCGAAACCCACAGAGUCCCUGGAGCACACUGGUACAUAGAGCUGGGCGCCAUGCGGAUCCCAAACAACCACAGGCUUUCUCGUGAGCUCAUCAGGAAAUUUGGGCUGAUGCUAAAGGAAUUCAGUCCCUGCAACAAUCAGACCUGGGUGCUGGUGAAUGGAGUCCGGCAGCGCUCCGGGGCAGUGCAGGCCGACCCUGGGCUGCUGGGUUACUCGCUGAGAGCUGACGAGGUGGGGAAGACGGCAGAACAGCUCUUUGAUAAGUCGCUGAGGAAGAUCGUGGAAGAGCUGAAGAACAGCAGCUGCCGUGAGGUCCUGGAGAAAUACGACUCCUUCUCCACCAAGGAGUACCUGAUCAAGGUGGGGAAACUGAGCCGCGGGGCUGUGCAGAUGAUCGGGGACUUGCUGAACACAGACUCUGGCUACUACAAGGCCUUUACGGAGACCAUGCGUGGCAUCAUCUCCUUCUUCCAAGAACCCCGGUUUGAUGAAAUCGUUGGGGGCUUUGACCAGCUCCCCCAGGCCCUACACAAUUCGCUCGUCCCGGGGACUGUCUGGUUCAACUCCCCAGCUGAGGAAGUGGAGAUGGCUGGCGACUGUGUCCACGUGACCUACAGGACACCUGACCCUCUGCAGCCCAGGGCGCGGGUGACUGCCGAUUUUGUGGUGGUAGCCAGCACUGCCAAGGCUGCCCGGCUCCUCCGAUUCCAGCCAUCUCUUUCUCUCAGCAAGCAGGAUGCUCUGCGCUCCGUCCACUACAAUAGCGCCACCAAAGUGAUCCUGGCCUGCACACAGCGUUUCUGGGAACAUGAUGGCAUCUUCAGUGGGAAGUCUAGCACUGACCGGCCUUCCCGCUUCAUCUACUAUCCCAACAACAUCUUCCCCAAUGGUGUGGGUGUCGUCCUAGCAUCUUACACCCUGGAUGAUGACUCCUCGUUCUUCACAGCCCUGGACCACACCCGGGUAGUGGACAUUGUUCUGGAUGACCUAGCUGCUAUUCACAAUCGCAACAAAGAAGAACUCCGUGCUCUCUGUCCCUACUCCACAGUCAAGAACUGGAGCCAGGACCCCUAUUCCAUGGGUGCCUUUGCCUUUUUCACCCCUUACCAAUAUGUGGACUAUGCCCAGGAGCUCAGCCAGCCAGAAGGGCUGGUAUUUUUUGCAGGUGAGCACACAGGUAUGCCCCAUGGCUGGAUUGACACAGCUAUCAAGUCAGGACUUAGGGUGGCAAAGAACAUUCAGGAGGCUGUGGACUCAUCUUUGACAAGGAACCCCAGAAACACAAAAGAACACUUCCCCAAAAGUGAACUCUAA